CUGUCAGUGACAGCAAGUGGGCCGAAUGGGGAGGGCACCUGGGACCCAGGACCACUGAGCGGUCUGCCCUGCUGUCUCAGUAGGCCAUAGAGAAGCACCUCUCUCUGGGUACAGGGCAGGCGGCCGCACCCCCUUGGUCUCUGCUGCCCCACGCAGCAGUGGGACUGUCUUGGCCGAGGUCACAGCGUCGGAGUCACAGUCUCCAGUUUCCUUGCCCUCUGAGCGCAACGCAGCCGCCGCCUGCCAGAGGGGGGCUGCUCUCCCAGUCGCCAGUUCCGUUGAGGAGCCUGAUCGCUGUCCUCCAGAUCAGUCCCCUGAGUCUGCAGAACCAGAGGUACUAAACUCAAAACAUGAACAAUGAUAUAUAUUACCAAUGUUCAAGUCUGAUUUGGCUUGAACUGUUUAAUAUAGUUGCCUAUUACAUAUUCCCGAGGAUUUAGAAAAGUCAAAGUAAUGGAUAACAGAAAAGAUCCUCCAUUCUUCAAUGAAGAUAAUGUGGGACCAUUUUACUACAAAGUUCCUUUCUAUGAUACCAUGGAGCUCUUCAUUGAAACAUUGACUGGAACAUGUUUUGAACUGAGAGUUUCACCCUUGGAAGCUGUUAUUUCUGUGAAAGCAAAAGUUCAAAGAUUGGAAGGUAUUCCUAUCUGUCAACAGCACUUAAUUUGGAAUAAUGUGGAACUUGAAGAUGAUUAUUGCUUGAAUGAUUACAACAUUUCAGAAGGCUGUACCUUGAAGCUGGUAUUGGCUAUACGUGGUGGACCUAUAAAUACUAGAAGAGUUCCUAUGGAUGACCCACUUAGGGAGAUGGCUGAGUACAUGGAUUCCAGUCGAGAUGAAGCCUGGGAGAAGACCUCCUACAAUAAACAAGUUACAUUUUUGGUAUACCGAGAAGGAGAGCAAUUGAAUUUCUUUCGUGUAGUAGAUAGGGGAGAUGGCACUUUAACACCAUUAUCUGAAUCAUUAAGUGGUGGUUCGGUGUAUAAUUUGUAUACUGAUGAGGAUGAAGAAAUUGAGCCUUCUCCUUCUGGGCAACAGAUAAUUGAAAAUUCAAUAACUAUGAAUAAAAUGAAGCUUCUGAAGGCAAAGAUGGAGCACAUGAAUCUUGGCAAAAAGCCUAAGAAAUCUGUCAAGGUACAACCUCGCCCACCUAUAGCUCCUCGAUCUUCUAGUAGUUCCACCGCAGCUGUUCGGCACAGAUUGUUAAGAGUUCUCCCCCACAUUGGGCAGUCUUGUUUACCUUCUCCUGGGAAUGUAUAUCUACCUGAAACAUCCUGCAAUGCAAUUUCAAGUUUGGCAACUCUGCCCCCUGCUGAUAGACCCCUAACAUCUAUAACUAGUGAUUUUUGUAAGGAAGAUGAUAACUGGGAGAGUAACACACUAUCUCAUUCCAAUGGCAACAUCAAACUACCAUCUCAGAUAACCCACGUGGAGUUCAAAAAUGACAAAGAGUUUGCUGAUUCUUUUCUCCAUCUUGGAUCAUACCUGCCUAGGCGGACACAACAAUUUUCAGGAAAUUUGUCAUCUAAUAAUGAGGAUGACACUAUUUUAUUUCCAACUUCUGAAGAGUUUGUAACUGAAAAAUCACUUCUACCUGAAGUGAGUUCGUUUGCUUUGUUUACAGAAGGAAAUAUUGAUGAACAGAGCAGCGCCUUAGAAAGCCCCCGGAAGGUAAAUCCUGAUUUCUUACUUACUAAUGGUGAUAAAGGGUUGAAAGCUACAGAGCAGCACCUUAAACAUGUUGCAAGAGUGUUGAGUGGUGAAUCAGUAGAGACUACAGUUCUCAACAACCAUGAAUUAAAUCCUCACAAGAAUAGACUCUUGUCACCUCUUCACUGUUCUACACCAGUGUCACUCCCUAAUUCUCUGUUGAAACCACAGAGACAGUCCAAAUGCUUUGAGUCUGGGAAUCUGCAGUCUUCUGCUUCACAAAAUGUGAUUCAGUCAUUGGAUGUUCGAAAUAUAACUGAUUCUUAUUUCUCUAGGACUACUCGCUUUCGAACUGUUAAAGUUGAUUCAUCUGGAAAAAGAUCCAAUAUUAUUUCUAAAGUUGAGGCUCGGGACAUCAGAGAAAUGGCUAGCAAGGCUUCCAAAGAGCCUGUUGGUGGUAUAAAUAACAUAGGUUUUUUUGCUUCGCUGGCCCAGAGUGCAAGCAGAGAAGGGUUACAGAGCACAGGUGGGGUAGGUAGGCUUCGGACCUCUGGAAUUGGGCUGUUCACAGACCUCCAGCAUUUUCAAGAAAAAUGCAUUAGGAAAAGUUCUCCCCAGUUAGAAUCUACAGAUUUUUUUCUACCUGCCCAUGGUAUUGGAAUGAGUGGAAAUAAUACAGCAGCAGGGAAAAGAGUAGGGGAAUGUACCCAUCACCUCCCACCUGUGCAAGCCCCUAUUCAAACAAAGAAGAAAACAACAAAGCACUGUUUUCAUUGUGGAAAGAAAACUAGACUGGCUACUAGCUACGAAUGCAGAUGUGGAAACAACUUUUGUGCAUCCCAUCGCUAUGCAGAAACUCAUGGCUGCACUUAUGAUUACAAGAGUGCCGGGAGAAGAUACUUACAGGAGGCAAAUCCUGUGAUUAAUGCACCAAAACUCCCCAAAAUUUAACUCUUGCUCUGCACCCAACUGUUCUUCCUGAGGAAUCAUAUUACAAGGACAGACAGAAGAAAUAUUGCUUAGACUGCAUUAAUUUUGUUCUACUCCAAAAGGUUUGCAAAAUAACAAAAGUAUACAAUGCAUCUUGUUGGAGAAUGAGAAUGCUACUGUAUUUGACAUCUCUAUUCUUUGGUGAAUCAAAAGUUUUAAAAAUAGUUUUAAAAACUUUAAACUAUAAUGAUUUCACUUUGUUAUUGCAUACCUUAUGUUAAAUAUUUCACAUAUUUCAUGUUGUGAUUUUACCAGGCAAGUCUUCAAAAGAUACAUUUUACAAAGUUACUAUUGACUAUGUAACCACCUUCCACAUUGUACAGAAAUGACCUGUCAAAUAAUGGCACUAAUCAAACUUACCACUUUUCUCUGGGGGUAGUGUGGGUGGGGAUUUUUAAAAGAAAAAUUUCAUGUGUGAAAGUUUAUUCAGUUUAAUAGCAAGUUCCUCAUUAUUUCAUGCUACCUUUUGUAAAAAAAAAAGAAAAAAGAAAAAAAAAAGAACAUUUGGUUUUACCGGUGUGGUUUUAA